ACUUCCUGUGAUCCCCUUCCGGAGCGUUCACCUCCACACUGAAAUCCAAACCUUUUCAUCGCGGGAGAGAAGCGCUCGUCACCUCGCCUGAAUGAUAGCACGCCUUCUCUAAGCUGCGUCUUCUGACUCCGGCGUUCGCGAUGUCGGCUUUACCCCCCGGCGAUCCUCAGCUGGUCGCCAUGAUCGUCAAUCACCUGAAGACGCAGGGACUGUUUGACCAAUUCCGCAGGGACUGCUUGGCGGACGUGGAUACCAAGCCCGCGUACCUGCACCUGAGGCAGCGAGUGGACAACUUCGUGUCCAACCACCUGUCCAACCACACGUGGAGCCCCCAGCUGAACAAGAACCAGCUGAGGAACAACAUCAGGCAGCUUGUGCUGCAGUCUGGCAUGCUGGAGCAGGGUGUGGACCGGAUCGUGGCUCAGGUGGUGGACCCCAAGAUCCACCACACCUUUCGGCCGCAGGUGGAACGGAUCGUGCGCCAGUUCCUGUCUCCCGGGAGCCACGUGGAAGAGGAGGAGCCUCCGCUCGCCCCUAGCCUAUUGGUGGAAAGCCAGGAAGUCCAGCUGCCGUCUCCAGCCCCCAGCACGGGGGUGGACCCAGCAGACUCCGCCUCCUCACAGUGCCAGGAUGAGGCUGGCAGCAGGACCCAGAGCGCAGAGCCCAAUCAGGAGGAGGGAGAGGCAGACAUGAGCCUGGUGGAGGCGGAGCACAUGAAGGAGGAGGAGGAGGAGGAGGAGGGGCGAGAGGCGGCGCACGAGGAGGAGGAGGGGCGAGAGGCGGAGCAAGGAGACGGCAAGGCGGCCUGUGAGGAGGAGGUGGACAGAGAGAGGGAGAUGGAGGUGGACAGAGAGGCUGAGGCUGCAGAGGUAAAGGCAGAGGAGGGGGAGGGGGAGGAGCGCAACGAGGCGAAGGAGAAGAGCGGCCGAGCGGCAGGGAGGAGCAAGGAGACGGAGCCGCCGAAAAGCGCCGGCGAGAAGCAGCACAUCCGCCAGAGAGCUCGUGAACGGCUGAAGGAAGAAUACUCCCUGGAGGACUCGGACCUGGAGGGGCUGAGCGACAUCACAGUGAGUUCGGUGCACACCAGCGACUUGUCGUCGUUGGAGACAGAGAGCGAAGACUGCCAGGUUCCGUCAGACUCCACCGAGGAAGGAGAGAUCACGUCAGAGGAUGAGAGAGCUCAGCAGAAGUCUGCUGGUGAGGAGAAAAGGCCCCGAGCCACACGCCAAGGCUACGUGCACAAGCCUUUCCUCUACUCCCGUUACUAUAGCGACUCUGACGACGAGGUCACGGUGGAGCAGAGACGCCGGUCUGCGGCGAAGGAGAAGGAGGAGCGCGUGCUGAAGAGACAGCAGAAUCGAGAGCGUCUGGAGGAGAAGAGGAGGCAGAAAGCAGCACAGCCUGAACCACACGAGAAAGAAAAGCAAUCGACAGCUGCGUCCAGUCAAGAGGGCCCACGACCCAAGGCCAAGGAAGCACGCAAGGAGAAGAAAGUUCUGGAAAAGAAAGUGGCACUCAGCAGGAAGAGGAAGAGAGACUCCCGGAAGGAGGAUGACUCUGGAAGCAAGAGGAAGAGCGAUGCUGAUGCAGAUAUGGUAAAGAAGGAUGAGGCACUGAAGCUUAAAGCGGCCCCCCCGAAGCCCUCGAGGAAGUCAUCUGAGGCAGAGGAGCAGCGGAGGAGGAAGAGUGGAAGCCUCUCAGAGGACCCGUGCGAGCCCCGCAGGGCCCUGGACAAGUCCCGCACUCACUCGUUCAUCCUGGACCUGGAGAUGGGCUCGGAGGAGGUUCUCCGGCAGAGGGGAGGAGGCCGCGGGGAGCGCCCCGCCCGCAGGGACGGCCCGGCCCGCGAGAGGGAGCGCAGCAUCUCCGACGAGCACCCCAAACCCCGGCCGAAGCCCGACUGCAGGAAGACGGGAGACGGCGUCGCCGAGGGGCCGGCCGAGGACAGGGGAGAAAAGAAGGGGUCAAAGGUUAAAGGGGAGAGGAAGGGCUCGGCGGCCAAGGAGGGAGCGCUUAAGUGCGGGAAGAAAGGGAAGAGCGAGAUUCCCAGAGAAAAAGAGAAGACCACUGGGAAGGGCGAGCCCAAAUCUCUGCAUCGGCUGGACUCCACAGGCUCCACCGAGGAGAGGUCAGAGGUCGAGGCCGCUUCAGAGGUCAACAAGAAGAAAGAGAAGCCCCCCAAAGACGUCCUGAAAAAGUCCAGAAGUCACACGGAGGUGAGAACCUCAGAAAAGGUUAAGAGUCGACAGGACAGCAGCAGUGAGAGGACCAGACCUGAUCCGUCCACUCCGGAACCUCCCAAGCAUGGCUCGGAGGGCGGGUCGAAGGUCAAGCCCGUGUCCGACAAACCGAGAUCCAAGUCCAGGGAUGACGUCAAGCCGCAGAGUCCGUCGGGAAGCAGGGCGGAGAAGAAGGCGGCGGGUCACGAGGCGAAGGCCAGAGCCGCGUCCGCCCCUGCCCCCGGCCGAGCAGAGCCAAUCGGGGAGAAGAAAAGGGAGGACCACGUCCCCGAGAAAGCGAGGGGAGCGAAGGCGGGGAAGAAGACGAGUGAUGAGAGCGCAAAAGAGGCGGAGAAGGAGAGGAGGAGCGCCCCAGCGGAGCAGCUCGCCACGCCCCCUGCUGUCGCGGAGGCAGCACAGGCCGCCACCGAAACGCUCCCUCAUCCCUCCGAGCUCCCAGCCUCACGCGAGGAGUCCGAUGUCACAGAGCCAGACUCCCUUCCAGAUCCUGAUCCCGCAGCCCUGCUAGCACGGGACGGCGAGACAGAUCUCGCCCACGCUGGGGCAUCGGAUGCGCUUGCGGGGCCUGGGUUCGCCGCGUGCUCGCCGCGUCCGCCUACGGACUCUCGCCUGGGCCCUGAUCUUGUUGCCAUAGCAACCCCAGGGUCGCCAGACACCGUCGCCGCGUCCGAUCGCAUCGCUGCCGACUCCAGCGGCGCAGCGGUGCCCGACGACAUGUACGACGCCCUGAGCGACAUCACCCCGGAGCCCGAGGACGAGGACGACAGCGCCGCGAGGCUCGCCGAGAGCCGGGAGAGGCCACGCCCACUCCCUGCCGAGGCCGACGCCCUCCUGACCCUGGUGGAUGUAUGCGCCUCGGCUGCGGGAAGCGAUGUCACUGAGCGCUCGUUCCGUGAAGCAGACAUGAAGAUGAAGGAAGCCGCCCUGACUCUGCUCUCUAUGGACCCGGAUAUGUCUGUGUCCCAGAGUCUCAUCACGGAGUCUCAACUCCUCACGGAUGCUCGGGGUGCCGCUGAGGAGACUCCCGUUACCCGGCAACGGGCCGAGCCUCAGACCCUUGACUCGGAUGACACAAAAAGCGCGAAGGAACCAUCUGUCGCGGUCACCAAGGAGUCAGAGAGUGACACGGUUUCUGGUGUCCAAUCAGAGAUGGAAGGCGGGGCCUCACAAGAUGACCAACACCCCCAUGCUCUGAUGAACACAGACAUAGAGGACAUCACAGCAGACAGCACCUCAUUAGAGGAAGUGAUGUCAGAGACGAACAGGUUGGAACCUGAAUCAGAACCCCAGUCUGAAAUUCCUGCACAAGAUCCCAGUGCUCAUGAAGAACCAGCGCCAGAAGACACUUCAGCCAAUCCUGAGCACAGCCAAACAGAUACGCGCCCUGCUGCGGAGACACAACCGGAAAAUCUCGCGCAAGGGGAACAGAUCACAGCCUUCCACUCCGAGACGCGUGAGCCCGGCGCCACGCAUGAGCCGGCCACGGCAGAGAACUCGCGACUGGGCGUCUCACGUGUUUGUGGCGCAGGUGGGGGCCAGAAGGGUGACAUGGGGGGCGUUGACGCGACUGAACCAGAGGCAGUACAGGAGCGACAGGUUCAGCCAGCGAGGAGAGGACGACCUCCUAAACUAAUCAAACAAGCCAGUAGCACAUCCCAGUCUGAUGGUCGGGAGGAGGAACAGGCCGAGAUGUCAGAAAUGGAAGACCGUGCGGAGGGCAGGACUACACGGAGAGGGAGACCGCCCAAUCAGAAGGCAGCGCCGGCCAAGGACGGUGGCUCAGUGGACAAGGAAGAACCUGAAAACACAGCACCCCGCAAGGUGACUACAGAGAUGAGGAGGCUGAUGAAGGAGGCCUAA